AUGGGACGCCGGUAUCCGCUGGACGUUUCUGCCUUGUUUGCCAGCAGCGGCAGGCGUUCUGACAAGCGGCACCUGUGGUCCAUGAAGCCAGAUGAAGCAGGGGGCAGUGGAAUCGCCUCGCCACAUUUCCGAACAAACGCAGACCGUCUGACAGGUGCGGCGGACUGGCGAGGGGCACCAUGCUGCGGCACGGAGUCCCGGGCCGGUGCCAUGUGCUCAUGCUGGUGCUGUGUCUGUCUGCGGCUGAAGACUUUCAGUGGACCAAGAACGAGUGGGGAGCCUUCUAUUACGGCACUUUUCCGACCGGAUUUUCAUGGGGAGCCGGCAGCUCAGCCUAUCAGACAGAGGGAGCCUGGGACAAGGAUGGCAAAGGCAUGAGCAUUUGGGACGUGUUUUCCCACAAGAAGGGGAAAAUACUCAUGAACGACACGGGAGACUCCAGUUGUGAAGGGUACUACAAAGUCAAGGAUGACAUUUCCUUAAUGAAAGAUCUGAAGCUGACCCACUAUUGCUUCUCUAUCUCCUGGCCCCGACUCAUACCCACUGGAAUCAAAUCGGACCAUGUCAACGAGAAAGGAAUAGAGUACUAUGACAAUCUGAUCAAUCUUCUCCUGGAGAGCAAAAUUACACCCAUUGUCACGCUGUACCACUGGGAUCUUCCACGGGUGUUACAAGACAAAUACGGAGGCUGGCAGAACAUCAGCAUGGUCAGUUACUUCAACGACUUUGCCAACCUAUGCUUUGAAAGGUUUGGAAACCGAGUCAAGUAUUGGAUCACAUUCAACAAUCCGUGGUCUACAGCCGUGGAAGGUCACGAGACGGGGGAACACGCGCCUGGGCUGCAGCUGAGGGGCACGGGGCCUUACAGGGUGGCGCACCACAUGAUCAAGGCGCAUGCUAAGGUUUGGCACACAUAUGACACCCAGUGGCGGCAUAAACAAAAAGGCCUGCUUGGGAUCUCUCUGUCUGGGGACUGGGGGGAACCCGUUGAUAUCACUAAUCUGAAGGACAUCGAAGCAGCUGAACGAUAUGUCCAGUUCUCCAUGGGCUGGUUUGCAACACCCAUCUUUCAUGGGGACUAUCCACAAGUGAUGAAAGACUACAUUGGCAAGAAGAGCGCUGAGCAGGGUCUGGGAAGUUCACGACUGCCAACCUUCUCGGCCCAGGAGAAGAGCUACAUCAAGGGCACCAGCGACUUUUUGGGUGUGGGCCACUUCACCACCCGGUACAUCACACAGAAGAACUUUCCUUCUAGCCGUGGCAACAGUUACUUCACUGACCGAGACCUGGCUGAGCUUGUCGACCCUCAUUGGCCCGACCCUGGAUCAGAGUGGCUCUACUCCGUACCCUGGGGCUUCCGACGGCUGCUCAACUUUGUUAAGACCCAGUAUGGAAACCCCAUGAUCUAUGUGACAGAGAAUGGCGUGUCAGAGAAGACGUUGUGCACAGAGCUGUGCGAUGACUGGAGGAUUCAGUACCACAGGGAUUACAUAAACGAGUUGCUGAAAGCUAUCAAGGACGGCGUGAACGUCAAGGGCUACACGGCAUGGUCCCUGUUGGAUAAGUUUGAGUGGGAUGAAGGCUAUUCUGAGCGGUUCGGGCUGUACUACGUGGACUUCAGGAACAAAAACAAGCCACGAUACCCCAAGGCCUCAGUCCAGUACUACAAACGGAUCAUCAGCGCCAAUGGCUUCCCCAGUCAGAGAGAGGUUGAGAGCUGGAAGAGGAAGGCGACCGAAACCUGCUCAACCAGCAACCAGCUGUUAGCUACAGACCCCCUGACCAGUCACAUGGAGAUGGUGACCGAGAUUGUCGUUCCCACCGUCUGCACCCUCUGCAUCCUCCUCAGUGCUGUGUUCCUAAUGUUCCUGCUGCGUAGGCGAAACUAAACAACUGCUCCAUUUGAAGUGGUCCACCGCACACAUGCACGCACGAGCAAAGUCACAGGCGGCUGCGAUGCGCUGUAUGCAUCAGCGCAGCGUAGCCACAGCGAUAAGAUCUGGACCCUCACAUUAAGGGCUAUUCCUGUAACUGUUGCCUCACGUCCAUAGGACGCAUUAUCCUUGCAUGUUGUGUUUUUUGAUUAAAUUAUUGGCAAACUUCAAUGUGGAGGGAUUCAGGCUUGAGGUGUAGCGUGAAGAUUAAGAUGGUUGAAGCUUUUGUUAUUGAAAUAAACCUUAAAGGUUGGUGAAGAUGCAGUUUAGAACCUGAGCUGAUAUAAAUCAGAGCUGGAAAUAGCAGGUGAAAUGUCUUCUUUGAUAAAAUAUGAAAAUCUGAAUUUAAGAAUAGGUAUACAACAGUAGACUUGUGAAAAGCCAAAGAAAAUCUCAAAAUGGCUACAAAUAGCUGUGGUGGGGAAUGUGUACCCCCCCCCAACCCUAACGUCCCUAAGGCCUCAAUGAGUUUGUAGCCUCAGCGUUCUUUUCUUUUUGUCUAAAAAAGCUCAGAGCAUAAUAAUGUAAUAAUGAUAAUUUGACAUACAGAGUAUUUCAUGCAUGAGGCUUUGGGAUUGCCAUGACACUGUGCUCAGUGAA